AACCGAGUCAGUUGUGAAGAACAGUCUUAUUACACACAUUGUACUUCGUCUAGUAUCAACGAUUACAGAAUAGUAGACUUUAAUAAAAUAUUAAGCAAUAUUCUUAAAAUUAUUGUUAAUAGCAACAUGCGUGCGAUGAAGUUAAAUAUAAUUGGCGUUAUACUUUGUCUUAUAUUCAGUUAUUUGGAUAGAGUGUUGGCAGACGAACAAAUCGCUGACUAUAUUCGAAAAUGUUGUAUAAGUGGCUUGCGUAAUGCUCGUACCACAAGUGUAUGCGAUAAAAUGGAUUCAACUAUAGUAAAUAUAUCUAAUCUUUGGCUUGGAUUGUGCUCCUCGACAUUUGGCGUUUGCUGUUCAAAAGAGUUGGACCGUCAGAAUUGUGAGCUCGGUCGUUUGGCUGCAUUGGAGGGUGCUUCGUGUAAUAAAGGCUUUAAUUUGACGUCAACCUCGUAUACAAAUUGCUGCCGAGCUUGUCAAGUUGGUUUAGCUGUUAAGGCUAGUCAACAAAAGUGUACGGAUCCAUUGUUUUCGUUUCUUUUGAAUAUCGAUUCAUAUCGGUUAUGCUGCUCUGAUGACGGCUUCUCAAAUUCUGAGUUGGAAUCGGAGUCGGGGUUGGAGGGAAAAAAUAAACUCGUAUUAUAUACAGAUCAUGAUGAACGAGAGGAGGAAAUUGUUGAGAGCCGCGAAACUGUUGAUGGAACAAUAGUCCUAUCCGGUGAUGAUGAUAUCUGUGGAAAAAUACCCAAUCUUUGUGAGCAAGUAUGUAUAAACACAUACGAUGCGUACAGGUGCAGCUGUCACCCCGGGUAUAAAUUGAACGACAAUAAUGUUACCUGUUAUGCGGAUAAAAACAAUAUUUGUCCCAGUGGCUACGUUUUGGAUGGUAAUCAAGGUAAAUGUGUAGACAUCGAUGAGUGUCAAGAGCAACUACAUGACUGCAAAACAUCGCAAUAUUGUCACAAUACAAUCGGAGGAUAUCACUGUCUCAACAUAAAGGCUAAGAAUUGCCCAGCAGGCUAUUUAUACAAUGUGAAGUCAGAUGAAUGCGAAGACGAUGAUGAGUGCAUCCAGUCGCCAUGUGAGAAAGGAUAUAAAUGCUCAAAUUAUCCAGGAGGAUACGACUGUAAUCUCAUUAGCAGUGAAACAUGUGGCACAGGCUUUCUUUUAAAAAAUGGCAGCUGCAUUGAUAUUGAUGAGUGUGCUCAAAGUACGACCAAUUCUUGCAGAAACGAUUUGCACCAGGAAUGCAAGAACACUGUGGGCAAUUACCACUGCAACUGCCUGCCUGGUUAUAGUUUGGAUGUAACGCAGAACAAAUGCGUUGAUAUAAAUGAAUGCUCAAUUAACAAUCACAACUGCCUCCCAACUCAAAGAUGCGAUAACACGAUCGGGUCAUAUAUAUGCACGCGUUGGACAUCUUGUGGCACGGGAUAUACAUUGAAUGCUGGUACUGGAAAUUGUGAUGAUGAUGAUGAAUGUGCGCUUAACACACAUAAUUGUCCACUGAAUUAUGACUGUUAUAAUACAAAAGGAUCGUUCCGAUGCCACAGGAAAAUAACAACAACAAGUACAACAUUAACGACAAGCAGUAUAACAAAAACUCCACCUCCAUUAGCUAACACAUCCAGAGACCGAAAUCAAUACUAUGCAUCAAACCAGGCUCACAAAAUUUUAAAUUAUGAAACUAGUUCAACUAAAUUAGGAUCAACAAUAUUGUCUCAUAGGCCUUGCACAGAUGGAUUUCACAGAAAUAAUCUAGGCGCAUGCGUCGUGUCUAUUGAUUUAGAUAUAAACGAAUGUGAAGAACAUAAGGUGUGCAGAAGCCAUGAACGUUGUAUUAAUACAAACGGCUCGUACCGCUGUGAAAAUCUAAUGCAGUGCCCUUCCGGAUUUAGAUCAACUUCCGAUGGAACUUCAUGCAUCGACAUCAAUGAGUGCGAGACUGGAGAUCACAACUGUGGCGAAAAGCAGAUUUGUCGCAAUCGGAAUGGUGGUUACAUUUGCGCCUGUCCCGCAGGACAUCAGGUGAUCCGUCUGUCCGAUAGUGUCAACAGCUGCGAGGAUAUUAACGAAUGUGCAGAGGAUUCCCCUGUUUGCUCAUCAAAUGCAAACUGCUACAAUACAAUUGGCUCAUAUUACUGCGAAUGUAAACCAGGUUUCCAAAGGAAGUCUCUCAAUAGCAAUGCGAAUAGUAUGGACCAGGAGAAUUGGUAUGCCCAUGGUCAAUGCUUCGACGUCGAUGAGUGUCAGUCCAUACCAGGACUUUGCCAGCAGAAAUGUGUUAACUUUUGGGGUGGAUAUCGUUGCACCUGCAAUCAGGGAUAUGAACUCAGCCACGAUAAUAGGACAUGCAAUGAUAUUGAUGAAUGCGAAGUGCAUAAGGAUUAUAAACUGUGCAUGGGCUUCUGCAUUAACACGCCCGGUUCGUAUCAAUGUUCCUGUCCACGUGGCUACACUUUGGCGUCUGACAAGACUUCUUGCCGAGACAUUGAUGAAUGUGAUACAACGAGUAACAAUCAUGUGUGCACUGGUCGGAAUGAUAUUUGCACCAACAUUAGAGGUAGCUUUAAGUGCACCACAAUAAAUUGUCCCUCUGGAUACAUGAACGAUGCCGAUCAAAAAAACCGAUGUCGUCAAAGUAGUAAUUUUUGCGAGGGAGAAGAGUGUUACACGAAACCAUCUGCUUUCACCUAUAAUUUUAUAACAUUUGUAUCCAAAUUAAUGAUACCGCCAGAUGGUAGAACAAUAUUUACCCUCCGUGGACCCAUAUGGUAUGACGAUAUUGAUUUUGAACUGAAAAUAAUAAGAGUUCAAGCAGCACCAAACAUUGUAAAAGCAACAGACAGUUAUUUUGACACGUUGAAAAGCAACAAUCAAGUGAAUGUGAUAUUAAAAAAAAAACUCGAGGGGCCACAAGAUGUUGAACUUGCUUUAAGUAUGACGGUAUUUACCAAUGGAAUGCCUCGUGGCAAAAGUGUUGCCAAACUGUUCCUGUUUGUUUCCCAAUAUACAUUUUAAUAUAAUAACCAUUUUCGAUCUAUAAAAUGUUGUUGCAGACUAAAGCUUAAAUAAAAAAUGUUAAUUUUUUCUUACAUCAAUCAGAA